AUGAACCAGUUUCUGAGUGAGAUGAGUUCUUUGGAGACAAACUCUGCGGGUGAGCAUGAAGAGAUUGGCAUCAUUCCAGGCUCCAAAGAAAGCUUCCUCAACAGCAUUUCUCAAGUCCAUUACAUCGAUGUAGGGCUGAACUCCUCUGGUGCUUACAUCACUGAUCACAACGUCGUGCAGAGAAUCUCCCAGCACCUUGCAGGAGGAGCAACCUCGGUACGCGUUUUCAUUCAUGGAACUCCCAGGCAGUGGCGUGAUGAGCAGCGUGGCUGGAUUCUCAAGGAGAAAGAUGAGCUGGUUCGCUUGCUCAUAUCUGAGGGUGAGAACUCGUGUGGGAAACUACAAGUCCAUGAAAGGUUCUAUUUUGCUGACAGGGUUCCUGACCUGCAAAUGCACUUUGAGAUCAUUGAGGCUAUGGAUGUCUCGUCUGCAUGA